AUGUCGACGAUCAAAGUAACUUCAUCACAGUCACCAAUUUCUCGAUCCUCUCGUAUAGGCAUAAUUGGGGCUGGUCCGGCGGGUAUUUCAAUUGCUCACUUUUUACGUAAAGAGGGCUACUCAAAUGUCACAUUACUGGAAUCCGCUCCCCAUAUAGCCGGGAAAAGUUCAACUUUUUAUUACAAUGAUCGUGGUUAUGAUGUUGGUGCUUUAAUGGUGGGUCACAAUUAUUCACUAGUCAAAUCUAUCGCGGCUGAACUUGAUUGUCCUCUCGAAAAAUUUUAUUGUGGUGCUUUGGACAUUGAUAAGAACAAUUUUAUGAUUGAAAAUGUUUGCCAUAUUGGAGUUAUUUCCGACUCUUUUUCAAAAAAUAUGUCUCAUUAUUUAGAGGAAAAAAAACUUUUUGAAAAAGUUACCUUGCCUGGUCAUGGCGAUCUAAGUGAAAGUCAUUUAUAUGCUCCCAUUUCUCAAUAUUUAAAAGAUCGAAAAUUGGAGUAUCUGAAAGAUGCUUGGGCUUUGGCAUAUACCUCUGCUGGAUAUGGUUAUAUUCAAGAUGAUAUACCGGCUGCAUACUUCUUAAAAUUUAUUCAAAAUUCGGAAAAUACUAUUUGGCGGUUCAAAAAUGGUUUCCAAGAUUUCUGGAUUAAAAUGUCUAAGGGUCUUAAUGUUAUGUGUGAUGCUGAAGUAAUAUCUAUUGAUCGUUCGCUCAAAAGCCGAAACCUUGGCCCGAUUCUAGUCACCGUUCGAAAUGCCAAAACAAAUUUCUCUCAGACACUCGCAUUCGAUCAGAUCAUAAUUGCCACUAAUCCUCGACAAACCGUUCAAUUUCUUGAUCCCUCACCUCUUGAAACACAACUUUUUUCUCAAAUAGUUACAUUUGAUUAUUAUACAAUAAUUGCAACUGUGGAAGGUUUAUCUACAAAAGUUGGAAUGACUACAAUUCCUAAACAUUGCAGCUCAAAAGAGUUUGUUGGACAUGUUACUGCAUAUUAUUGUGCCUACGAAGGUGUAGAUACUUAUUUAUUUUAUGCUUAUGGUAGCAAGGAGAUUGACCAAGCACAAGUUACUGAAAUCUUUAAAGAAGACCUAUUAAAGAUGGGCGGCAAGCUAAAAGAGAUUCAUUAUAAUCAACGUUGGGACUUCUUUCCGCACGUCUCAUCACUUAGCAUGGCUAGAGGUUUCUAUAGCAAAGUAGAGAACAUGCAAGGCCAAGAUGGAACUUACUAUGUUGGUGGCUGGCUUGACUUUGAACUUACAGAAAAUUGCAUUUCUUACAGUAAAGAUCUUGUUAAUCGUUUCUUUAAUCCUUCAAUGACCAAUUCACAAGAAAUUCUCCAUUUACCAAUCCGUUCAAAAUUUGAUGUCAAACCUGCUUCUACUGCAAAUUGGGGAACCGUGUUACGCCUCUCCGCGAAGCGAUUCCCUGAUAAGGUUGCGUUCAGUUGGGUUGAUGUUAACGUUCGAGAGGAGGCUAAAAUCACUUACUCUGAAUUAUAUCGUCAAGCUCGUGCUGUCGCGUAUUACCUUCGUCACACAGCCAAUCUUAAAAUUGGGGAUCCUAUUUUACUUUGUUAUGCACCUGGUUUAAAAUUCCUUCCAAUUCUUUUUGGAUGCAUGUUGGCUGGUGUAAUAGCCGUGCCUAUAGCUCCACCGAACCUUGCAACUGCCGAUAAAGAUAUAGCAAGGUUUAAAUAUCUUUCUAAAACCACCAACGCAAAAAUUGUAUUUAGUGACAAGAAUUAUAUGCUCUACACGAGACUCUAUGCGGCAAAAAGCUUUUUCGGAAUGGCUAAUAAAAUAGAUUGGCCAGAAGGAUUGGAAUGGGUUGAAGGGGAAAAGGUUACAAGUUCAAAGGAUCUUUUUGAUGAGAAAUUGAUUGAAGAAGUUGAUUGUGGAGACGUUGCAGUAAUUCAAUUUUCGUCCGGUAGUACUGGUGAUCCAAAAGGUGUUAUGCUCACCCAUAAGAAUUUACUUCAUAACGUGGACCUUAUGCAACAUGAGAUUGGUUUGAAUGAAGACUCUAUGAUCGCUUUUUGGGUACCUCAAUUUCACGAUCUUGGACUUAUUGGUGGAUUCCUCAAUACUGUUCGAGGAGCUUGUCAAUCAUGUGUUAUGUCACCUUUAACAUUCUUGCAAAAACCUGAAUCAACACGAAAAUGUGACGAAAAAUCAAUCGCUUCGCUAAAUCUAAGUUCUCUUCGGGGCGCAUUCAAUGGUGCAGAACCGGUUCGUUGGUCAACGCUUCGGUCAUUCGCUAAGAAGUUUGGUCCGGCUGGAUUUAAACUUUCAAUGUUUAAAUGCUUAUACGGUUUAGCCGAACAUUGUGCUUACUCGGUUGGCUUCCAAAAUCUUUAUGACGUUCCUACCGUACUUGAUAUUGAUCCGCAAGUUUUGCGACAAGGUCAUGUGAUUGUUAGGUCAAAGUCCGAACAUCCAAACAAUAUAGUUUCAACUGGCGUACCUAGUCCGAUAAUGCAGGUCGAAGUUAGAGUUGUGGAUCGGGAAACUAGACAAAUCUGUUCACCUUGCAUUGUAGGAGAAGUCUGGGUUUCUAGUCCAAGUGUUGGUAAAGGUUAUUAUGGAAAAGAAGAAAUAUCUGAAGACAUAUUUAGAGCAAAAUUGAAUAAUAGUGACCACGGCAAUUGGAUAACUGACAACGGAAGUUUCCUAAGAACAGGUGACCUUGGAUUCAUGUAUAAUGGAGAACUUUUCAUAACUGGACGAGAAAAAGAUGUUAUUAUAAUUAAUGGCAAGAAUCAUUAUCCACAAGAUAUUGAAGUUUCUGUUCAAGAAUGUCAUAAUGAAAUCAGACCGGGAUGUGUUGCAGCACUUCAUCAUUCUGAUACUGAAACUGGUACAGAUUCACUUAUAAUCCUCGUAGAAAUUCGCAAUCAAAAAGAUACUAGGUCGGAAUUCUUACAGCUUAUUAUUGACGAAAUUGCUCGAACUGUUCCUGGAAAACAUGGACUUUCACCUCAACGAAUCGUUAUUCUCAAGCAACAUAGCAUUCCAAAGACAACAAGUGGUAAACUUCAACGGUCAAAAGCAAAAGAUAUGUUAUUAUCUGGUCAUUUAGAUAAAAGGAUUUUACUAAGCGCGGGUGAGAUUGUUGUUGAACCGGAUUUUGAAGGACCGAGCUCGAAACGUUCGAGUCGUAUCGAGGAUCCAAAAAAGGUUAUGGAUGUUUCACAAAUCGAAAAAAAGAUUGCCGUUCAUGUUCAUCAAGUUUCCAAAUUGGCAUCGAAAUUACCGAUUAAUGAAAUUGAUAUGAAAGCUAAUCUUAUAACUGUUUAUGGUUUUGAUUCUCUUGGAGCCGUUCAACUAACUGCUUGUCUCAAAGACGAAUUUGGUCUAGAACUUGCACCUGCUCUUAUUGUAGAUCAUUAUACAAUUUCUGAUUUGGCAAUUUAUAUUCAUCAGCGACUAAAUGAAAAGGAAAAGGUUGUUUUGUGCGAGAAUGCAAAUGAAGUAAUGCCUCUUAAACAAAUUCAAAGUAAAAUUGCGGGUCAAGUUCAUGCCGUAUCUAAAGUUGCAGCAAAAACUCCAUUGGAUCAACUUAAUUUCAAUGCUAAUCUCAUUACCGAUUAUGGAUUUGAUUCGCUUGCUGCUGUGCAGUUAACUGCUUCAAUGAGUCAAAUUUUCGGUAUUGAGAUAGCUCCAACAUUAUUAUAUGACAUUCACACUAUUAAUGACCUGGCAAACCAUGUUCAUAAACAGCUUUCAGAAAAUAAACCGUCUGAGAAAAUAUCACAAUCACAAGAACAUUCAAACAAGGCUCCAAAGGAGGCACCGCGUUUGAUACCCUUGGCUCCACGUUCCAUAAUAAAUAAACAUAAUCCAACUCUUUACUGCGUUCACCCACUUUUAGGAAAUGUUGCUAGUUAUGUUCAUUUAUCUCGUCAUCUUGGAAUCACUCGUCCUGUAUACGGUAUUCAGGCUCCUAACGAUGUUGAAAGUGACAUUCCAUCAAUGGCCGAGAGAUACGUUAAGGCUAUUCAAGAUGAACAAUCAUCAGGCCCUUAUUUCCUAUGUGGAUAUUCUUAUGGUGGUCUUAUCGCAUGGGAAAUGGCUAGAAUAUUACAAAAAUCCGGAUCUAAAGUCGGAGGAUUAUAUCUUAUUGAUGCACCAUCACCACUAAUGAAUCGUGUUCGUCCACCACUUAGUGCAUACAAUGAACCACAUAAAAUCUGGGAGUCAGAUAUUGAACAACUCCUCACAGAUGUUGAUAGCCAAUGGAUGCAUCGUCAAGAAUUUAGUGAUCCAGCAGAAACCGAAGCUUUCAAAAGAAAAGUUGGUAUACUAAUAGCAUCAAUGUAUAGCCAUACAGCAGAUAUUACUACCAUGGACUCAAUUCAACCAUUCCCAAUUCAUUAUUGGAGAGCAAAAGACUUUGCUGGAAAAACGAGUAAUUUAUUACUUGAUCAUCCAUUAUUUAAUGAGCCGAAUUUCGGAUGGGAACGUUAUCAAGGCAACAUUACAAUUCACCGACCGAUUCCUGGAAAUCAUUAUACAAUUCUUCGAGAAGAAACAUCAGGAAGACUGGCGAAAGAAAUUGACACGCACAUGCCACAUAACAGUAAGAGAAGUAGCAUGGAUUUGAAACCGUUAAUGCUUGAAAACGUAGCAACUACACCACCGAGUAGAUCAAGUAGUGCGCCAACUUCUGCAGCAUCUCGAUCAUCAUCAACGUCAGCAUUCCCGUUAUUUAGAACCGGAAAUAAUGGCCCCAUGAGUAAAAAAGACGUUGCAAAAAUGGCCAUGAACAUACAAAUUCCCUUACCAGUUGUUCUAGUUGGAAUGCUUGUGUGUGCAUGGUUAUACUCUAAUGCCACAAUACUACUAUGA